AAUCAAUGCAGCGGUCCUUAUGCAGCAGGAAACUCGAAUGAAUCGAGGAAAAAGUUCAAGCCAAAGUGGACAACAUAUACAAAUUCCUGCUUUUUCUCGCGAAAACUCGAAAUUUUAUUAUUCUCAGCGAAUCAUGAAUACCAUCAAGCAAUGUUGGAGACGUAGAACUACGAGACGAUGAAUUUAUCAGUAGGAAUCAAGAGUUUGUGGAGCGCCAAAGUUACCGAGCGAAUUUGAUAUGUGCGAAAAAUGUCGCUUGAUAGCGUAGAAUUAAACGAACUGUUGGAAUGUUCUGUGUGUCUCGAAAGGCUCGAUCACACGUCUAAAGUACUACCCUGCCAGCACACCUUUUGCAGAAGAUGCUUAAAAGAGAUUCAAGCCGCCAAAAAGGAACUGCGUUGUCCAGAAUGCCGUAUUUUAGUUGACCAAGAGGUUGAUGAGUUACCAUCGAACAUUUUACUUGUGAGAAUACUUGAAGGUUUGAAUCGAAAAAGACCAAAUUCAUCGGAUCAGAGGACAACUAAACCCUGUGCCCGGGUGCUGUAUGACUUUGAACCACGGGAGCAAGGGGACCUGGCCUUAUGCAAAGGGGAUUUUGUCUACCUCCUACGGCAAGUUGAUGAGAACUGGUUUGAAGGGCAAGUGAAUGGCUGCCAGGGGUUUCUACCAUCCAACUAUGUAGAGGUCAUCAGUGCAUUACCAUGCCUUGACGACGAUUACAAUGAUCCUGUUGCAAAGGCUUUGUAUGACUUUGACGGGGGCGAGGAACAAGAUAUUCUACCAUUCAAACAGGGUGAUGUGAUCAGUGUCAUCCGCAAAGUGGAUGAGAACUGGUGUGAAGGAAAGCUGAAUAACAAAUGUGGGAUAUUCCCAAUAAACUUUGUGGAGCUCAACUCUGUUGCCAAGGCAAUCAUAAUAAGUCCUGAAGGUGUGGCAGGACCAUCUGGUGCAUCAGCUGCUAAUGGGCCAAUCGCCAAACCUGCAAGGAAAAGCAAGACAAAGGAAAAAGUUCCCAAGAGGCACACAAUACAUGGUGGUAAUAAUUUGGAGCAGAGUUCUAGCCUCAGCCAAACACCCAAUAGACAUUCUGUUGAGAUUACAACAUCUGAAAGACUGGAGCAAGCUUUUGGUGAUGCUGGUGUAAGCUCAAGAGCUGAUCCUCCUGUCACUACUGCUUUGUUAGGAGAUUUAUCAGAUGCUGUAACAACUUCCAUUAGUAGCAGGACGCAAACGCUUCCCAAUCGUCCUCUACCUCCCCCAAACUCACUUGUGAAUGGCCACACCCAAUCACCAUCAUUUACAUCAAGUGUUGUCACCUCACCCCUGACUGUGAACCUAUGCAGACCUCUUGUAACCAUAGCUACUAGCUGUCCUCCAGUCACAACCACUGCUCAAGCUGCAGCUCCGCGCCCAAACUCAGCUGAGAUUGGCAAAGAACUAUAUACUGCCCUGUACAACUACAAGCCACAAAAGGAAGAUGAAUUAGAGUUAAAACAAGGAGAGUGCUACUAUGUGCUGGAAAAAUGCAAAGAUGGCUGGUUCAAGGGGGUUUCACUACACUCUCAGAAACGAGGGGUUUUCCCUGGCAAUUAUGUCCGACUAACAAGUAUACAUAGCCUCCUGACAAGCUCCCGUAGCUCUACCCGUGCCACUCAGCAAGCACCUACCCCAUCCCCCCGUCAGAUCCCUCGCCCUUUGGUGCAAAACCCCGUACAGACACGCCCCAGGUACCACCGCUCAGAGUCGACACCAACCUUCCUUGUACAAAGGACAGUGCCAACGCCAACUGAGAACCACUUUGUAGUAACGAGAACAACUAAUAAUGGGAUGGAUGAGGCCGAUCAGCCCUUUGUACCACUCAUUCCUCCUCCACCUGUCCCCAAAACGGGAAGUUUUUGGAAGAAAUUGAAAAACAAAAAGAAGGAUAGGACGUCAGAUCCCCCCGCCCCCCCGCCACCAUACAGACGGGCGGUUCCAAGCGGCCACAUGCAACUUAGCAUGCCGUUGAACAACCAUAUGACGCCAGUCACCCCGCCUCCUCCCUACACAGUACAGCCCAGGCCUACAACCCGACUACAUGCUGCACAGGUUGCAAGGGAGGGCCGCCCGCACAGCAGGCAGGAAAACGUCCCAAUCUCAGAAAGGUACCGCGUCAUCAUGCCCUACCCGCCGCAGAGCGAGGCGGAGCUUGAGUUACGAGUUGGUGAUAUUGUCUUCGUGAGUAAAAAGAGGCAAGAUGGCUGGUACAAGGGAACACUGGAACGUAACGGAAAGACUGGUCUCUUCCCAGGCGUAUUCUCAGAGAAAUUCUAAAAAAAAGAAUUCAUCCAUGCAAAACCGUCUUCAGAAAAUGGACGUCCGUGGAGAUUAUGGAAAUCAAUGAAAACCACUGUGUCAUGUACUCCGAAGAUGAUGCCUGUGGCGUCUUUUUGCCGAGGGGUAUCUCGACAGACUGGUAACUGGAAACACCGAUGCAGCGUGCAACGAAAUGGAUGCCUGUGGCGUCUUUUUACCGAGGGAUUUCUCGACGGGCUGGAAACCGAGGCUCUGGUGCUUUUACAUGGAAUUCGUGUAAUUUAUACAAAGCUAUAAAGGAAACCGACAAAUCAAGAGACGUUUAGCGUUGGGUACCCUGUGGUGUAACCGAGCAAAAACAGAAAUGUAUUUGAAAGUUGUGUUUUCCUGGUGACGACACUGCCCAUAGUUGAGAUUUCUGCCUGAGGGGAGUGUUGCUCGCAGAGAUUGAUGGGAAGGGCCGGUAAACAAAAUGAAAUAGAAAGCCAUAUAAUUCACACAACAAUAUAUGUAAGAUGGUCAUUACGGUACGGAAGCCAAAGAUAUGGACAGUCAUAACGUAUUCGCUUCGCUCCAGACCUUUAUACAGAAUGCCACGAAAGUAUGUGAAUACCUUAACACUUUCUUAAUUUUUCCCGUACGCGGGUGCACGUUUUUUGUAAAACGAUUUUGACGUUUCGAUGAAUUUUGUUAUCAAGGAGCCAUCGUGCAUUGCACGCUGAUCUUAGUAUUUGCCCUCCCUUACGUUUUCAGAGAAAUCUUAUAUGACACGAACGGUGAUUGUUGUGUCAAAGACAGAAAGUCGACGCAUUGCCUACCAAUUCUAUAAUAGCAAUAUAAAAAUAUCGCCUCUGCCCGCCUUAAUACAUUUUCACAGAUUGCUAUUUUGUACUUUUGUAAGUAACAUAUUUUACUGAGACGAGUUUUCUAUAUCAUUAGCCAGAUGAAUAUUCUAGAGAGGCGUAUUUGUUAAAACUAUAUCAACGGUAAUUGAAAUUUUAGGUAGGAAUUAUAUAAAAGAUAAUCUUGAAUUUGCCGGCAAUAGCACGCCAAAGUAAUUUGUAAAUAUCACAUGAGCUAUGCAAGUGGAAAUAAAUAGUUACUAUUGCA